ACGCCACCCCACGGGCCUCCCCCUCCCUCCCUCCCCCUGCACAGGACGCGCCUUUUUGAGUACAGUCGCGCCAUCGUCUCUCUCAACUACUACUAGACUAGAUCUCACCAUCUCUUUUCCUCUCGCUCUCUCUUCAUCUCCCAAUCAAUCACUUGCCGCAGACUGGCAACAUUGCCAACAUGCACUACACUUUCCAAGAUGCAGUCCUCGUAGGACGCUCCAUCUCGUCCACCGUCAUCAACGGCGACAACCCCGUAAUGGUCGACCCCUCAAAUCCCAUCACCCUCUUCAUCGUCCAGCUCUGCAUCAUCACCGCCUUCACCCUAAGCCUAGGAUGGGUCUUCAAGUUUAUGAACCAGCCAAAAGUCAUCGCAGAGGUCAUCGCUGGCAUCAUCCUCGGCCCCACUGCCAUGGGUCGCAUCCCAAACUUCUCAAACAGCAUCUUCCCAAAGCCCUCCAUUCCAUACCUCAACCUGGUCUCCACAAUCGGUCUGAUCCUAUUCCUCUUCGUCGUCGGUCUUGAAGUCGACAUCUCCGUCGCCAAGCGCAACGGCAGGAACUCGGCCAUCAUCUCCUUUGCAGGUAUCGCCCUCCCCUUCGCCAUUAGCUCGGCCAUUGCAAUCCCGGUCUAUGACGAGUUUGUCGACCACAGCAAGGUCUCGUUCGGCCACUUUCUUCUGUUCAUCUGUGUCUCCAUGGCCAUUACCGCCUUCCCCGUGCUUUGCCGCAUUCUCACCGCCACAAAGCUUCUCGACACAAGGGUUGGCGUCAUUGUCCUGUCCGCCGGCGUCGGCAACGACGUUGUUGGCUGGGUUCUGCUCGCUCUCACUCUUGCCCUCUCGGGACAGGGCUCUGGCGUGUCCUCUGUCUACAUUCUCCUCGCCGCCGUCGGAUGGUCAAUCCUUCUGCUCUGGCCCAUCCGCAAGGCGUUCUACUGGGCGGUCAAGCGCUCUGGUUCCCUCGAGACCGGCCACCCCACCCCAGGCAUCAUGACCCUCACCCUCAUGAUCGUUUUCAUCUCGUCCUUUAUGACUGGUAUCAUUGGCGUUCACCCCAUCUUUGGUGGUUUCAUCGCUGGUCUCAUCAUCCCUCACGAGGGCGGCUUUGCUAUUGGUAUCACCGAGCGCAUUGAAGAUCUCGUCACCAUGCUCUUCCUCCCCAUCUACUUUACCCUUUCGGGUCUCAACACCAACCUCGGUUCGCUCACCGAUGGCAAGGCCUGGGGCUAUGUGGUUCUCCUUUGCGUUAUCGGUUUCGCCGGCAAGUUUGUCGGCUGCGCUGCCACGGCCAAGCUUCUCAAGUACUCUUGGCGCGAGUCGGGCGCUAUCGGCAUGCUCAUGUCUUGCAAGGGUCUUGUCGAGCUCAUCGUCCUCAACGUCGGUCUCGAGGCAGGCAUCAUCGAAGAAAAGCUCUUCUCCAUGCUCGUUCUUGUUGCCGUCGUUCUCACUUUUAUCACCACACCCUGCACCCUCUGGAUCUACCCCUACAAGUACCACACCAGGGGUUCGGGUGGUGACCUCAAGGACGAGGCCAAGAACCGCGCCGCGCGCGAGGCUUUCCUUGCUACAUCGGCUGGUGGAGCCGCCGGUGGUCGUGAAUACACAACCCGCCUUCUCGUCGUUCUCCAGAAGCUCGAGCACCUCGCGUCAACCAUGUUCAUCACCCAACUCCUCGAACCUGAGCUCAAGGUUGCCGCCCAAAUCACCGCCACCGAAACUGCCGACGCCAAGCGUCCUGAUGGUAGCGUCAAGGCCGCUGAGGCUGCUCUAGAAAGCGGUGCUAGUGACCGCGAGACCACUCCUGGUCGCGACUCGAUUGGGGCUGCUGGCAGCGCCAACGCACCUGUUCACAUUGAUGCCCUCAAGCUCAUCGAGCUCACCGGUCGUACCUUCUCCGUCAUGCAGUCAGCCGAAAAGGACCAGCUGCUGCUGACCGACGACGCCCUCCAGCUCUACAAGCAGUUUGGUCGUCUCCGCGGCAUGGACAUCAAGCCUCACAUCUCCAUCGUUGGCCAGGAGAGCUUCCCCGCAGCCGUUGCAGAGUAUGCGCAGGACCUCGACUCGGAACUCAUUGUCAUCCCAUGGACUGUCAACUCCCCCCAGGCGCAGGGCGACAUUCUCACCAACGAUGACCAGCCUGGCUCGUCCACCGGCCCAUCGACGGUCGCUGCUCCUACUACUCCGUUCGACAACAUCUUUGCCACAGACGGUUCACCCAUCUACACCCACUUCAUCCGCAACCUGUUUGCACGCGCCACGUCGGACAUUGCUCUCUUCAUUGAUCGCGGUUUCGGUGGUGCGCAUGUCACACCUCCCGGGUCUGGCCAGCACGUCUUCUUCCCCUUCUUUGGCGGCCCCGAUGACCGCCUCGCACUCCGCCUUGUGGUCCAGCUCUGCCACCACGCCCACGUCUCCGCCACCGUCAUCCGCAUCACUCACAGCGACGUCUCUGACUCUGGCUCCGAGUCGGGCACUCUCCAGGACAAGGACGAGACCAAGCUGUCCGAGUCGGCCAAGGUUCACCAGGCUGCCCUCCUUUCUAACCAGCUCACCAUUGGCGGGCCCAAACUCGAGGAACGCCAGAACCGGGUUCUGUCCGAGACGGCCGACAACGUCGCCUGGACGUACUACACCUCGGCCACUGGCGCCUCGAACGAGGGUGCGCUGUCGCGCAUCGUCUUCUCGUCGAUCGAGACGUCGACGCCGCUCACAGAUGCGGUCAAGUACGCCGAGCAGGCGCUGAGCGCCGCUGCCAACGAGCGGAUGUGGCGCCCUCUUCUUGUCGUCAUGGGCCGUGGCCGCCGCUCGGCGGCGUACAACCACGAGCGCGAGGCAUCGAGCCUCCUGGCUGCGCGGGGGCACAACCCGACGGUUGGCGCCGAGCUGCGCAAGACGGUCGGAGAUCCGACUGCAGCCAUCAUCCUGGCCAGUAGCCAGCGCAUGAGCCAGACGUCGUACCUUGUCUGCGAGGCUGGCCAGUGAUGAUGAGGUAUUUAGGCUAGUUUAUCUUUUGUAUUGCUGCGUGCUGUUUGUGUACGGUUGCGUUUUGAUCUAUGCAUAGUUGGAAAGCGGUG